CCUGUGUCCCAUCAAACCCCGUUUUUUUUAUCCUGCUGUGCUUUCUCGGCGGAGGGUAGCUGCUAACCAGGGGAGAAGGCGAUUGCUGCCGUCCUUUGCUUGCCCAUUCCACUCCCUUCGAGACCAACCUUGUGCAGAAGUCCCAGCAAAGGAAGAAUGGAUACAAAAACUUAUGGAAUAUGCAGAAAUGACGAAACUUACCGGAAGAAUAAGAAAUCAAGAUAAACUUUUUAUGAAAGGAUAGAAAUGGUUUACUGUAUUGAAUAAUUGUAAACAGAUAAAAACAUUACCAGGAUUAUUGUACUAACGUGCAAUUUUAUAAGAGUAUAUAUCCCCCCCUUCACUGCGUUUAGCGCAAUUUAAAGUAAAUGAAUAAAUGAGCAAGUUGAGUUAAUUUGGAUAUGCAGAAGAUACUAAAAAUAAAUUUAAGGGACCGCAGAAAAGAGGGGGAAGGAAGUCGAAUUUUUGAAAUGUUAAAAUGAUUGUAAAAUUAGUGAAAUGUAUAAACCUGAAACGCAUAAAUAAAAAAAAGAGAGAGAGAGAGAGAUCAGCCUUGUGGGUAGCGAUGGGUGCGGAACCGAAUUUCCCCGGACCCAAUGUUGCCUUGCCACCUUGGUGAGGAGGCGCGGCGGAAGGUUUAUACCAAGGGACCAAGAUGGCGGCGCCCAGCGCUACGGCUGCUGCUGCUGCCCCGGAGAACGAGGAUGACGAUUCGGGGGGCAAGACGAAGUCGCCGGCUAUCACGCCGCAGAAGAUACGGGAGCUGAUAGAUGAGGGGAUCGCUCCGGAAGAAAGCAGCCCGGAAGGAAAGGAUUCGUCUGUUUUCACUGAAGUAGCAAAUGGAUCUCCCCAGAUCGACGAGCUGCCUUUUGAGGCCACCAGUAAAGAAGCCUACUUCAGCAGAGUGGAAACAUUUACCUCCCUCAAGUGGGCAGGCAAACCCCAUGAGCUGUCUCCUCUGAUUUGUGCCAAGUAUGGAUGGACCAACAUCGAGUGUGAUAUGUUGAAGUGUGCCAGCUGCCAGGCCUACCUCUGUGCCAGUCUACAGCUGGCCUUCGACUUCAGCAAGUACAAAGAGAGGUGCGUGGAGCUGAGGAAGGCUUUGUCAGCGGCUCACGAGAAGUUCUGCUUCUGGCCUGACAGCCCCUGCCCAGAUCGCUUUUCUGUCUUGCUGGUCGACGAGCCCCUUGCCCUUUUCAGUGACUUCCUGGAGCGCUUUCAGAGCCUCUGCCAGUUAGACCUUCAGCUGCCCACUCUGAAACCAGAAGAUCUCAAAAGUAUGGGCUUGACAGAAGAGAAGAUCAGCCACGUCCUGCAGCUGAUCGAGGAGGAAGCCGACUGCAAAACAGACAGUGAGAAGACGCCAGUCAAACGUGCCUCGGACCUUCAGGUCCACGUCCCAGCCUGCAUCUUGGCCCUCUGUGGAUGGACUAGUAGCCCUUCCUCUGGAUCCAUCCAUCUCCCCUUGAUCACCUGCUGCCGCUGCAUGAGGAAGGUGGGCCUGUGGGGAUUCCACCAGAUUGAGUCGGCCAUCUCUGAGAUGGAGCCUCCCCCCAGCCUCACCAGCACUCCUCUCCCUUUUUUGGACGGGCGCACGGACAGAGUCCCCGCGGUGCCCACGUCCCCACGCCGGAUGAUGACGCGUAGCCAGGACACGAGCUUCCCUCUGGGCUCUGAGCAGCACGAGAAGAGCCCGUCCCCCGUGAUCAGCCGCAUGCGCAGCUGGGACAGCUCUAGCUCCAGCGAACGAGCCGAGGCGGAAGCAGCGAGCCCCACCACCCGCAGCCGUCCCGUCACCCGCAGCAUGGGGCAAAGCGAUGGCAGCCUGGAGGUGUCCUGCAGCCCUCACCGGAGGACCAAGCGGGCGCGACUGUGCUCCACCAGCAGCUCGGAUUCAUCUAUCCGCAGCUUCUUUGACCCCAUUUCCCAGCACCGUGACUGGUGCCCGUGGGUCAACGUGAUGAAGGAUCCUGUGAGCUCUGGAGGGACCCAACAGGAGGGGAAGGAAGACCUCGGCUGGCAGGUCACCCUGAAGGCUCUCCUGGCUUCUAGGCAGUCCGACAGGCCUGUGGAUGUGGAGUCAGAGAACCUCUCUGUGAAAUCCCGCAAGGUGUUCCGGAUUUUCCGGCAAUGGGAAGCUCCCUGUUCCUCCUGAGAACCUCUAGCCUUUGACAGCAUCGUGGAAAGGAACCUGCUAAGCAUAGUGGAUGAAAUUCUCUCUCUCUCUCUCUCUCUCUCUCUCUCUUUUUGUUGUUAAUGGAAGAAGACUAUUAUUUGCACUGGAGUAAUCCUCAAGGGCAGCAACCAGUUAACAAUGGGAAGAAGACGCGUCAAUAGCAGCCACGGGGAGCCAUCUUUUUCUAUGCCUUCUAAGGGUUUAUAUGAUGGUUUCCUGAAUCCUUUGCACUGGUUCCCAACUGCCUAGGGUGAUUCUCCAUCUCAGGUGGAGCUGAGUUUCCCUGAUGCGCCCCUGGUUUGAAUUGAACUGGCUCCACCUGUGAGAAAAGGUGGGUGACAUGGCCCACUUCGCAUGUGGCAGAUUUGGGUACGUCUCUCAGCUACAGAAUUAAAUUGGUUUUGCGGUUGAGGCUCGCUGCCCUCCUGCUGCAAGGGAUCCUGGGAACUGUAGUUCUGCAAGGGGCCUAGGGCUAUCUGACAAACCACUCUCAGCCCCUGCACAAAAACUACAGCUCCCUGCCAAUCUUUUGGGUUUUGGGGCGGGGGGGGGGGAGCCAUGCUAUUUAAACGACUUUAAAACCAGUUUAAGUUUGCAACGUAGAUGUGGCACUCGUGUUGAGAUUUGUAUCCAGGCUGAGGUCUGGAGAACUUGACAUUAAUAAAACAUUUUGCUGUC